AUGCCAUUCCUCACCCGCAGCGCAGUGAUAUUAGUGUCCAUUGGUUUUGUCUUAGCUACCACAGUCAUUCGUCCCGGCGCUCCCGCCAAUUCGUGCCCAGGUUACAGGGUGACCAGCGUCAAGGAGACUACUACCGGUCUCACGGCGAAAUUGCAGCUCGCCGGAACAGCCUGUAACAUCUACGGCAGGGAUCUGGAAAGCUUGAAGCUGCAAGUGACAUACGACUCUAGUAUGAACUUACUCCUCUAUCUUGCGCGUGCUACUGACUAACACUUUAUCGCAGAUUCUCGCAUUCAUGUUAAGAUUACCGACCCAGAUGAGAGGCGAUACCAAGUUCCGGGAGAGGUAUUCCCCCGCCCAGACCGCACAGCUACUGGGUUAGCGAAAUCGUCCGAUAUCGCCUUUACCUACGCCUCUUCCCCCUUCGGCUUUACUAUUUCCCGGCGCUCUACAGGUGAGAAGCUGUUCGAUACCACCGGGAACCCGCUCGUCUUUGAGAGCCAAUACCUGCGCCUGAAGACCUCUCUGCCUACCGACCCUAACAUCUACGGUCUCGGAGAACAUACUGACUCUUUCCGUCUCCCUAAUGUCAACUAUACCCGUACUCUCUGGUCUAGAGACUCUUAUGGUAUACCGCAGAAUAGCAACCUGUACGGGAACCACCCCAUCUACUUCGAUCACCGAAAAUCGGGUACCCACGGUGUCUUCCUUUUGAACUCCAAUGGUAUGGACAUCAAGCUUGAGACCGUGAAUGGUAGGUCAAGCUUGGAGUAUAAUGUCAUUGGAGGUGUCUUGGAUCUUUACUUCUUUGCUGGCCCCAAGCCAGUUGCUGUUGCGAAGCAGUACGCUGAAGUCGCUGGGCUUCCCGCCAUGAUGCCCUACUGGGGGUUGGGUUUCCACCAGUGCCGUUAUGGUUACAGAGAUUGGAUUGACGUUGCCGAGGUAAUAUAUGGCCGAGUGCUCGAUUAUGAUUGGAACUAACCCGGAAAAAUAGGCUAUUGCAAACUACUCCAUUGCCGAAAUUCCCUUGGAGACUAUGUGGACCGAUAUUGACUACAUGUACAACCGUUGGGUCUUUACACUUGACCCUGAGCGAUUCCCUCUCGACAAGGUUCGCAAGAUUGUCGACUACCUCCACGAGCACGACCAGCACUACAUUGUCAUGGUUGACCCUGCCACCGCUUACCAAAACUACCCGACUUUCAACCGUGGCGAGGCGGAUGCCAUUUGGCUCAAGGAGGCUGAUGGUUCCAUCCAUAAGGGUGUCGUCUGGUGAGCCACUUAUUCGACUCCUUGUCGGGAAUCGCAUCUAACAUUUGCUAGGCCCGGUGUGGCCGUGUUCCCCGAUUGGUUUCAUCCUAACACUGGCCCUUUCUGGACUGCCGAGUUUGCUGAAUUCUUCUCUGCUAAUGCUGGUGUUGACAUUGACGGUGUCUGGAUUGACAUGAACGAGCCCGCCAGUUUUUGCAACUAUCCAUGCAAGGACCCCGAGGCCGACGCCGCCAAGCAGAAGAUGCCCCCUCAGCGCCUCCCUGUCCGCGAGCCCCCCAGGUAUACUCACAGAUUCCCCGGUACCGGAAACGCCAUUUUGGCCGCUCAGAGCGCGGAGCGUAGAGUGCGUAAGAGACAGAAGGGCGGUUCGAUUGAUCUUAUCUCCCCCCCCCUACGCCAUUGCCAAUGAUAUGCCAUUAGGAUUGAGCGAUCGUACUGUCCACACCGACAUUAUGCACUAUGGAGGCCUUUCGGAGUAUGAUACUCACAAUCUUUACGGAACCAGUAAGUUCCCCAUACACCACCCCGGUAUCACAGAUACUAAUUGUCUCUAGUGAUGAGCGACACUACCUACGAAGCCAUGCUUGCCCGCCGCCCCGGACUGAGGCCCUUGAUCAUUACCCGCAGCACUUUCGCCGGUGCCGGCAAGCGUGUUGGAAAGUGGCUCGGAGACAAUUUGUCCCAAUGGGAUCACUAGCACGCCCCCCCUUCCAUCCUUCCUACCAGCUUUAGCUAAUAACCCUUAGCCGCUGGUCCAUCGCCGGCAUGCUCGGCUUCGCUAGCAUCUACCAAAUCCCCAUGGUGGGCUCCGACGUCUGCGGUUUCGGCGGCAACACCACAGAAACCCUCUGCGCACGCUGGGCCUCUCUCGGAGCCUUCAAUCCCUUCUUCCGCAACCACAAUGGCGACACCUCCAUCUCCCAGGAAUUCUACCUCUGGCCGCUCGUUGCCUCCUCCGCGCGCAAGUCGAUUAACAUCCGCUACCGCCUUCUAGACUAUAUCUACACUGCCAUGCAUCGCCAAUCCAUCGACGGAACCCCACUCCUCAACCCACUCUUCUUCAAGUACCCCAAGGACACAAAUACUUACCCAAUUGACACCCAAUUCAUCUACGGCAACGCACUCCUCGUCUCCCCAGUCACUGAGGAGAAUAGCACGAGCGUAGAAGUCUACCUACCAAAGGACACCCUCUACGACUUCCAUACCGGCAAGAAGAUCCAAGGAGAGGGAAAAAACGUAACACUCACAGACAUCCUCUUCGACGAAAUCCCAUUACACAUCCUCGGCGGGAACAUCCUGCCCUUCCGCUCCUCUAGCGCGCGUACCACCGCCGAGCUCCGCACCCGGCCAUUCACGAUCGUGGUCGCCCCAGACGAGCGCGGCGAGGCGAGCGGGAGCUUGUACAUUGACGAUGGAGUCAGCCUUCAGCAAAAGGCCGUCAUUGAUGUCACGAUGGAGUUCAAGAACGGGAGGUUGAGAAUUAAGGGGAAGUUCGGGUUUAAGGGUGAGGGGGACGGUGCUAGUGUUAAGAUUGAGUCGGUGAAGGUGCUUGGGAAGAAGCGGGAGGGUGUGAAGGGAGAUGGGGAGGAAGAGGCGGAGGUCGUUGAGAAGAAGUUUGAUGUGAAACUUGUUCGGGAUGUGGAAUUUGAGGUUUGAUCGUUGGAGUGUAGGUAGUCAAAUAUGCGGGAGGCGGAGGGAUGUAUUAGAUGAAUAGAUGGGUGAAUAAAUGAAUAAACGAAUGUUUGUAUAUAUAUAGAUUUAUAUAUUAUCCUAGUGUAUACAGUAUAAAGGGUGAAAAUAUAUUCCUCAAAUCUUUCC